CCGGAAAAGGCGGAAUAUUUCGCGCCAAAUUGAAACAACGGAGUAGUUACGCUGAGCACCAGGAGUGACAAGCUGCCGAGACAAACCAACUGCUUUUAACGUUCAAUUGACAUCUAUCGGAAAACUUCAGCGAUAAUGGAGGAGGCCAACAAGCUAAUCGGCACGGGCAAGAAGCACCUGGUGAUGGGAAAGGUGGUCGAGGCGGUGGGCGCCCUGCAGGAGGCCUGCGGCAUGCUUGCUAAGAAGUAUGGAGACACGGCAGACGAGUGUGGAGAGGCUUUCUACUGGUGUGGGAAAGCGCUGCUGGAUUUGGCUCGGAUGGAGAACUCAGUCCUCGGUAAUGCUCUGGAAGGAGUACCAGAAGAAGAAGAGGAGGAGGAGGGUGAAGAGAAACCCAAAGACUCAAAUGUUGACAGCACAGAAAACAUUGAUGAGAAGACCAGAGAUGAGCUGAGGGAGCAGGUGUACGACGCCAUGGCAGAGAGGAAAAAUGAGGAUGCCGAUGGGAAGCAGAGCAAGGAGGAAGAGAAGGGUGAUGCAGAAAAGUCUGAGGCUGGUGAUGAGCAACAAAACACUGCAGAGAAAGGGAAAGAUGAGGGGGAAACCGGCAAAUGUGACUCGACUGAAGACGUGGAAGAAAACGACAAGGAAGCCGAGAAAUCGGGAGACGAGAAGGAUGAACUAGAAGAUGGUGAGGAGGAAGACGGUGAUGAUGCAGAAAUGGAGGCUGAUGCAGAAGAGCAAGGUGAAGAAGAAGAUGGUGCUGCUGAAAAGGACAGUGACGAGGAGGAGGAGGUGGGCAACCUGCAGCUUGCCUGGGAGAUGUUGGAAGUAGCUAAACACAUCUACAAAAGGAAAGAGACUGAAGAGGAUCAACUCAUGGCGGCCCAGUCUCACUUGAAACUGGGGGAAGUUUCUUCUGAAUCAGGAAAUUACACUCAGGCGUUGGAGGAUUUCCGGGAGUGUCUGAAGCUGCAGGUGAAGCACCUGGACUCCGACAGCCGCCUGCUGGCUGAGACUCACUACCAGCUCGGGCUGACCUACAGCUUGGAUGUCCAGUACAGCCAGGCCAUCGAGGCGCUGAGGAGCUCCAUCUCUGUCAUAAGGAGACGGCUGGACAGACUGCAGGAGAUGCUCGACGGGGCCGAGGGUCCGGAUGCUCUGCCAGACAAGAGGCAGGAGAUGGAGGAGCUGAAGGCUCUGCUGCCAGAAAUCCAGGAGAAGGUGGAGGACGCCGCAGAGUGCCUGAAGAUGACCAGCACGGCUGCUGAGGAUGGGAAGGCUGCGCCGGAUGGAGGCUCCUCUUCCUCUGCAUUCCCCCUCUCCACUGUGCAGAAAGACGACUCCUCAUCCAGCGCAACGUUUAACAGCACGUCAACCAGCGCAGUCGGAUCGACCAAAGAACUCUCCUCCAAAGCUCCGGUCUCAGACAUCUCCCACCUGGUCAGGAAGAAGAGGAAACCAGAGGAGAGUCCAGUGAAGGAGGUGAAGAAGAUGAAGCAGAACGACGGACAGGCCGACGAUGUUCACGAAGCCACCGAAGACUCUAAUGGAUACGCUGACAGUACGGAGGUCAAGAGUCAGUGAAGAUGAACUUUUUUGCCUCCACCCAAGAUGCGAUUCACCAACACGAUGAGUUCUUACUAUUGCGUCACUUGUUUGCUGCUGUAAAUAUUUGUGUCUUUUUCUAUACCUGUUGUGAUGUCAGUGUUUGAUAACAUGUGUAACCUUUAAAGUUCAAUAAAGAAUAUUAUGUCAUGAA